GCAGUGCUCCCAUGCCGGCUGGUUCACCCACAACUGUGGGCACGGGGAAGAUGCUGGCGUCGUCUGCUCCGAACAUGACUAUGAAACAUCAGAAACUUUUGACACUGAGAUCCUAACACCAUUUCCUGGAGACUGGCCGCAGUUGCAACUGGUGAAUGGGUCAGGCAGAUGUUCUGGACGUGUGGAAGUUUUCUACCAUGGCCAGUGGGGCAGGGUUUGUGAUGACCAAUGGGACAUGAAUGAAGCUGAUGUGGUGUGCCGGCAGCUGAACUGCGGACGGGCCCUCACAGCUCCGGUUGGGGCCCCAUUUGGUGAAGGCGAAGGAGAGUUCCUGCUCGAUGAUGUGGACUGUACGGGAACAGAGAGUUUCCUGGGAGAGUGUCCUCAUGCCGACUGGUCCAUCCACAACUGUGGUCCUGGGGAAGACGCCGGUGUCGUCUGCUCAGAGAAUGCUGAGGAAUCACAGCCAAUGCCCCAAGUCUUACCUGCCGCUGUCUCAGCUCAACACCCUCCUGGAACUGCUGUGCGCUCCACACCCCCAGCACUCUCAGCUCCCGCCAUCCCAGAAGACAUUAACGACCCAACCAUGCCACCAGUCUCAGCAGAUAAUGAAAAGUUACCAACUGUCUUAUCAGUUCUGCCUGUGGUUGGCUCACCAUCUUUGAGUCGCAGAGCCAGCGUCCCCGGGCCCAGCCCAUCAGAAGACUGGCCCACGCUGAGGCUGGUGGAUGGCACAGGAAGAUGCUCUGGACGGGUGGAAGUUUCCUACCAGGGCACCUGGGGGUCAGUGUGCGAUGACGGCUGGGGUCUGGAGGAGGCGCAUGUCGUGUGCAGGCAGCUUGGGUGUGGCUGGGCGGUGUCUGCCCCCCUGGGCGCCCACUUCGGCCCAGGCUUUGGAAAGAUUGUCCUGGACAAUGUGCACUGCACGGGUGAGGAGAGCCACCUGACCCUGUGUGCCCACACCUGGCUCACUCACAACUGUGGUCAUGAGGAGGACGCUGGAGCCAUCUGCUCAGAUUCUGUGAUGGCGAGCCCCUCCCCUCCAGAGGCAGAAUUAUCAUCAUUAUCAUCCUCAUCAUCGUCACCAUCAGCAGCCUCCUCGUCAUUGUCAUCACUGUCAUUAUCUCCAUCAUCACCGUUGUCAUCAUCCCCAGCAUCACUCUUACCAACACCACCGCCAUCACCAUUAUCAGCAAAAACUAGUCUAUCUACUGUGGAAAUACCAACUGCCCCUGUCACCUCUGGGGAAGAACAAACACCAAUAGCUGAUGGUGUCUCAGAGCCUCCACUGACCACAGCCCCUGAGGCCUUGACACCUGCACCUACAGGGGACUGGAUGGCCGUGAGGCUGGUGGACGGCAUGGGAAGCUGCUCAGGCCGAGUGGAGGUUCUCGUCCAGGGCACUUGGGGGACCGUGUGUGACGACCUCUGGGACCUGGCCGAGGCCGCUGUCGUGUGUCGCCAACUGCAGUGUGGCCAGGCAGUGGCGGCCCCCACAGGGGCCCACUUCGGGGCAGGCUCUGGGAAGAUCAUGCUGGACAACAUGCAGUGUGUGGGCAGUGAGAGCCACCUGGGGCAGUGCGUGCGUGGGGAUGGGGCCCAGCCCAACUGUGGGCACCUGGAGGACGCCGGCGUUGUCUGCACAGGUGCUGAUUCCACAGCUGCUCUGCCUGCAGCCCACGAGACCCUACUUCCCAUGUCCUCAGUGAUAUCUGAGGCCCAACGCGUAGCUUCCUCUGCACCUCCAGGAGGCUGGGCCCCUGUGCGGCUGGUCGGCAGCCGUGGGAACUGUGUGGGCCGCGUGGAGCUUUUCUACCAGGGAGUCUGGGGCACUGUGUGUGAUGACCUCUGGGACCUGCCAGAAGCGAACAUCGUCUGCAAACAGCUGGGCUGCGGCUGGGCCGUUGCGGCGCCGGGUGAGGCCCACUUUGGGAAGGGUUCCGGGAAGAUCCUCCUUGACAACGUGCACUGCCGGGGCGACGAGGGGCACCUGCAGGAGUGCUCCCACGUUGGCUGGUUCUCCCACAACUGUGAGCACGGGGAGGACGCCGGCGUCAUCUGCUCAGAUGCUGACUACUCAAUGGUCACGCCACCAGAAAAACCUCACUGCGGCAGUGUUAUUACUAAUUCAUCUGGAGCAAUCAGGAACCCCCCGCAGAACGAGAUGCAUGACAACAUAACCUGUGUGUGGGAAAUCAAGGCAAACGCGUCUGAUCACAUACUGCUCGCAUUUCCGUAUCUUAACCUCGACUGCACCAAUGAAUAUUUUGAAAUCCUGGACGGCCCUCCAGCCUCAGCCAAGUCCCUGGGGAAGACCUGCUCUGGAACCUACCUCACCUACUCAUCCUCCUCCAACUCAAUGACCCUCGUGUACUUCCGAAGCUUCAACAACAUAGGAAAGAACUUUGUUGCUUAUUAUUAUUCUGCAACCAAAGGCCCCAACCCCUUAAGCCUCGACUGCACCAAUGAAUAUUUUGAAAUCCUGGACGGCCCUCCAGCCUCAGCCAAGUCCCUGGGGAAGACCUGCUCUGGAACCUACCUCACCUACUCAUCCUCCUCCAACUCAAUGACCCUCGUGUACUUCCGAAGCUUCAACAACAUAGGAAAGAACUUUGUUGCUUAUUAUUAUUCUGCAACCAAAGAAGCAGUUUCACGGACCCCGAAUCUGAUCACAAUCCCAACAGCAGCACCCAGGACAGUAACAGCAAGACCAGGGGACUGGCCAGAGCUGCGGCUGGUGGGCAGCUCAGGCCGGUGCUCAGGACGCGUGGAGGUCCUCCACCAGGGGGCCUGGGGCACUGUGUGCGAUGACCUGUGGGACCUGAACGAAGCCGAAGUCGUGUGCCGACAGCUGGGCUGCGGUCGGGCCGUGUCCGCCCUCGGGAAGGCCCACUUUGGCCCGGGCUCUGGAGACAUCCUCCUGGACAACCUGCAGUGCUCCGGGGCGGAGCGCUACCUGGGCCAGUGCGCCCACGCAGACUGGUCGGAGCACAACUGCGGCCACCACGAGGAUGCUGGCGUCAUCUGCUCAGAUGCUGAAGAAUCACUUAUUAAUAGCCCAGGGGACUGGCCAGAGCUGCGGCUGGUGGGCAGCUCAGGCUGGUGCUCAGGACGCGUGGAGGUCCUCCACCAGGGGGCCUGGGGCACUGUGUGCGAUGACCUGUGGGACCUGGACGAAGCCGAAGUCGUGUGCCGACAGCUGGGCUGCGGUCGGGCCGUGUCCGCCCUCGGAAAGGCCCACUUUGGCCCGGGCUCUGGAGACAUCCUCCUGGACAACCUGCAGUGCUCCGGGGCAGAGCGCUACCUGGGCCAGUGCGCCCACGCGGGAUGGUCAGAGCACAACUGCGGCCACCACGAGGAUGCUGGUGUCAUCUGCUCAGAUGCAGAAGAACUGCCUCCUCCCACACCUCCAGGUCCUUCCACGGCCUCUCAGGAUCUCUUAACAGGAGAACAUAACGCUUGUGGAGGGGUCAUUUCUGGUCUCUCAGGCUCAUUUUCCAGUCCACAGUAUCCGGAAAACUAUCCAACAGACAUCCAGUGUGUUUGGGAGAUCCACGUGGACAAAACCUUCCGCAUAGAACUCAUGAUUCCAAGUUUGAAAAUGGAAGAUGUCCUUGGAUGUCCCUAUGACUCCGUUGAAAUCUUUGAUGGCCCCAGGAUUGCCUCGCUCUCCAUGGGGAAGCUCUGUGCCUCAGUAGCUGUGAUGUUUUUCUCCUCCUCAGACAUCCUGACAGUAGUGUUCCGAAGCGAUUCUGUGAUCACCAAUACUGGCUUUUAUGCUCUGUUCAAUGCGAUUCCACAGGGCGAAAUACAAUCAGAAGAUGGACUGGAGCUGCGGCUGGUGGGCAGUUCUGGACGGUGCUCGGGACGCGUGGAGGCCUUCCACCAGGGGACCUGGGGCACCAUAUGUGAUGACCUGUGGGACCUGAAUGAAGCCGAGGUCGUCUGCCGACAGCUGGGGUGCGGGCAGGCCAUUGCUGCCCCCGGAAAGGCCCACUUUGGAGCGGGCUCUGGAGACAUCCUCCUGGACAAUAUUCAGUGUCUGGGAAGUGAGAACCACCUUGGCCAGUGCCCCAGCUCUGGCUGGUCCGACCACAAUUGUGGCCACCAUGAGGACGCUGGAGUCAUCUGCUCAGAUGCUGGGGACUGGGCACCAGAUGUGACUCCUGCACCCCCAGGAGGCAGCAACUCCUGUGGGGGAGUGAUUUCGGGUCUCUCGGGCUCCUUCUCCAGUCCUUGGUACCCAACAAACUACCCCACUGACGUGGAGUGCGUCUGGGUGAUGCACGUGGCCGAGAAGUUCCACAUACAGCUGUCAAUCCCAAGCCUAAAAUUAGAAGACAUCUAUGGGUGCCCACAUGACUUCAUUGAAGUAUUUGAUGGACAGCAAGCUGCCUCACUCUCCCUGGGCAGAUUUUGUGCUGGAGCAGAGCUCACAUUCUUGUCCUCUACAAACAUCAUGACCGCAGUGUUCAGAAGUGACGCCAUGAUCACCAACACAGGCUUUCACGCUCUGUACAAUGCCAUUCAGCGAGAUGAAACGGAGAGGGGUAUGUCCCUGAGACUAAUGAAUGGCAGUCACAGGUGUGAGGGCCGGGUGGAAGUCUUCUACAAUGGCACCUGGGGCACAGUGUGCGAUGACAACUGGGACCUGACAGACGCCAGGGUGGUGUGCCAACAACUCGGCUGUGGUGAGGCCUGGUCAGCCCCGGCUCAGAGCUACUUUGACAGAGGCACUGGCCACAUCAUGCUGGAUGACAUGCAGUGCACAGGAAAUGAAGCAAAGGUGUGGCAAUGCGUGCACAAUGGAUGGUUUUCCCACAACUGUGGGCACCAUGAGGAUGCCAGCGUCAUCUGCUCAGGUGUUGAUGGUGGUCCAAACAUAGGACCAGCAGGCUCCACUGGUGGCAGCCCUCCUGCAGGUGAAAAUUUCCGUUGUGGCGGUUUGCUCACUAAUAAUUCGGGCUCCUUCUCCAGUCCUUGGUACCCUGAGAAAUACCCUCCAAACACGGUGUGUGCCUGGGACAUACAAGUGGAUAUCAGGGCUCGUGUCAAACUUACAUUUGAAGUGGUGAAGAUGGAAGAUUUCUACGGCUGUCCGUACGACUUCGUUGAAAUCUUUGAUGGCCCACAGAGCGAAACUUUUUCUCUGGGGAGGUUCUGUUCCAGCACAACCCCGGUAUUUACCUCCUCCUCAAAUCGCCUGACGGUCGUCUUCCACAGCGAUGCCAUCAUCACCAACACUGGUUUUCAUGCCUCCUAUGAGUCCCUUGUGCCAGAUGAGAACAGUACUGGUGUGGCCGUCAGGCUGAGCAGAGGCAGCCACAGGUGUGAGGGCCGCGUGGAGCUGCACUUCAACGGUAGCUGGGGGACAGUGUGUGAUGACAGCUGGGACCUGCGUGAUGCCCAGGUGGUCUGCAGGCAGCUGGCCUGUGGCAGGGCGGUGUCAGCCCCUGGAAGGGCACAUUUCCACCGAGGCCUGGGCCCCAUUGCUCUGGACGACGUGGAGUGUGUGGGCACUGAAGCCAGGCUGUGGCAGUGCGUGCACAAUGGCUGGUUCUCUCACAACUGCGGCCACCAUGAAGAUGCCGGCGUCGUCUGCUCAGCCUCCCUGCCUUCCUCGGCGCCGUCGGCCGCUGCGAGCUACUCGACUUCAGCGUCUUUUCCUGAGCUGACAGAGGGGCCCACACCAGCAGGUCUGGGCCUGCGGCUGGUGAAUGGGUCAAGCAGGUGUGAAGGCCGAGUGGAAGUCUACCACGCUGACACCUGGGGCACUGUGUGUGAUGACAGCUGGUCCAUACGGGAUGCCCACGUGGUCUGCAGACAGCUCGGCUGUGGCCUGGCUGUGUCUGCCCUCCCGGGGGCCAGCUUCAGCCCCGGGUCAGGCAGCAUCCUCCUGGAUGAUGUCACCUGCACAGGGAGGGAGUCCUCCCUGGGGCAGUGUCCUCACAGUGGCUGGUUCAACCACAACUGCGGGCACCACGAAGAUGCUGGCGUCAUCUGCUCAGCAGAUUCUGCAGCUGCUGGACCUCCAGGUAUCUUUUCUUCAGCUCCUACAAAACAGCCACGUGUUUCCCAUCCAAUAGCUACGGAAGGUGCCCCAGAAUCCGCAGAAACAGCUCCUGCAGUUGAAUCUCUGAGUAUUGCUGUAACCACCUUACCAGCUUCAGUUUCAACCACUGCGACCGCCACACCAGGUAUUUCUUCAACCUCAGCAGAAGUGGCCUCUCCAUCUGAUGAAUUUUCGAGCUCAGAGGAAAUGGACACUCCCUCUGAUGAAUCUUUAAGCCCAGAAGAAGUGGACACCCGCUCUGAUGAAUCUUUGAGCCCAGAAGAAGUGGACAUCCCCUCUGAUGAAUCUUUGAGCCCAGAAGUAGUGGACACUCCCUCUGAUACAACUCCCACUUCUGACCCAGAGCUGCCUUCACCAGGCAUGCUCUCUGCAGUCUACAGUAGGCCUGGUGAGUGACUCUCUCAGAAACCCCA